AUGCUCGAGUUUCACAAUGAGUCUCUAACCGGUGAAGUCAAUCACCACGUAUUCCCUGAUCCUCCAUUCCUUCUUUUCUCUUUUCCGUUCGUUUCUCUUCCACCAAAAUCGGAAAACCAAGCAGAAAACGAGAAAGUAAAGAGGAAGGUAUUGGAAAUGAAAGAGAGAGAGAGAGAGAAACGAAGGGAAAAAAGAAACAGCGAAUGUACACGUGUAUGCACCAGUGGUUUCCAAUGCGAUGGGACCAGAUGCAUUCCGGUUGACUGGCGAUGCGACGGCCACUUGGACUGCGCUGAUCAUAGCGACGAGACCGAGUGCGGCGAGUGCACUGUCUCCUCCUCCUCUUCCUCGUCCAGUUCCAUCAACAGCACGAAGAUCAUGAAGAAACCGAUCUUGGCGAUGAACACCAUCUCGAAGUCGGCCUUGCACUGCGGCGAGAGGAGAUGCAUGUCGGCCAGCCACAUCUGCAACGGCGAGAUGGACUGUCCUUGGGGCCAGGACGAACGAUACUGUCUGAGACUGAGUCAGAGAAACGGCGACGUGGGCGAAGGGAGAUUGGAAGUGUACCACGCAGAGAUGGGCAAAUUCAUGCCAGCCUGCAUCCCUUACUGGGACUCGAGUUCCGCUAAAACCAUCUGCUCCAUGCUCGGAUACACGGUGUCAAUUUCGUCCAGGUUGAUGGCACAAGGCAUGAACCUCACUCAAAGGGAACCCAAGCCUCGUCGUACGAAUCUUCUCAAGGAAUUUCAAGAAUGUAUCACGGAUCAAGAAGCCUAUCCGACUGCUGAGUUAACUUGUUCAGAAUACGCCUGCGGGAGGAGGAACACGGUCUAUGGGAACAUGAAGGCUAAAACGAGAAUCGUGGGAGGCGUGGAAUCAGCCCCUGGUGAUUGGCCAUUUUUGGCAGCCCUUCUCGGAGGCCCUGAACAGAUUUUUUACUGCGCCGGAGUCCUGAUUGCCGAUCAAUGGGUUCUCACUGCGUCUCACUGCGUGGGCAAUUACUCCGACGUUACCGGGUGGACGAUACAACUGGGAAUUACUAGAAGACACUCGCACACUUAUCUUGGUCAGAAGCUGAAGGUGAGAAGAGUGAUGCCCCAUCCGGAGUACAAUGUAGGAGUCGCUCAAGACAACGACGUGGCACUUUUUCAGCUGGAGAAACGAGUUCAGUUUCACGAACAUCUAAGGCCAGUCUGUCUGCCAACAGCCGACACUGAUCUAACGCCCGGAACACUGUGCACCGUGAUUGGCUGGGGGAAGAAGAACGACACCGACACUUCCGAAUACGAGCUAGCUGUGAACGAAGUUCAAGUCCCAGUCUUGAAGAGAGAAACCUGCAAUCUCUGGAUCACGUUCAAGGAGUUUAACGUCACCGACGGGAUGAUAUGCGCUGGAUAUCCGAACGGAGGCAAAGACGCGUGCCAGGGCGAUUCUGGCGGGCCUCUGCUGUGCCAGGACAAGCACGACAAGGAGAAAUGGUUCGUCGGUGGAAUAGUAAGUUGGGGUAUCACGUGUGCUCAUCCGAAACUACCGGGCGUGUACGCUUACGUGCCCAAAUACGUGCCCUGGAUUCGCAACGAGAUGGCCAAAUAUUCGGACGUAGGUAUGGGUUAAACAGAAAAAAAUGAGAAUCACGAGGGCUCGCGUCGAUAGAACGAGUCAUCCAUCGACGAAGCAUUCAGGUAUUCAGCUUUGGACAAUAAUUACGUACGACAAUAAACUUGAAGUAGUCGAGAAACUGUAGGAACACCGAAGAACCUUUGCUAGAUAUCGUCAAACAGUAUAAUCAAUAAUAAUCAAUUUUCCGUUGAUCCAUUAGUUGACGAAGUUUCCAUUCUGUUACAAUGACGGAAAUAUAAUCGUCAUGCAUUUCGAAACAUUAUACACACUGGCGACAUAUUCUUCCUCUGUAAAGACAAUACGACAGACACUUCGGGGUUGAAGUCUUCGUAUUCUCUUCUCUUUUUCGGCGAGUAUUUUCACUGUCGACUUGCCGACUUUCUCUCCAAACGAUAAUAAAUCCGACAAUAUUAAAUAUAACGCGUAACUGUUUAAUCCAUUCGCAUCACGGAACAGUGACUAAUUAAGGACUUCACAUUUGUUUGAUUACAUAUAUUCCGAUUUCUUACUCAAUUUCCUGACAAUUUCUGAUCGUUUUUUUGAUAUUUUAGAUUAGCUGUUUAGGAUACUCGAGUCACGGCAAAUUAUAA